AUUUUUUUUUACUUCUGCCAAUUGUUCAUUAAUUAAUUAUUUAUUAAAUAUUAUUGUGUUAACUUGUAAUGAUGUAAUUGCUUCUAGUGCCUCAUUAUUCUCGUGAAACUUUUCUUAUUAGUUAGAUCUAUUGGGUGCUCAUCAUUUUUUCUUCAUCUUAGCUUUUUAAUUUAUAUAUAUAAAUAUAAACUUUUCCACGUACGCAAUCCUAGCCGUCCAAUUAAUCCCUCAAUUCUCUAUAUAUACUACAACCCUUUUCUCUAUUUUCUUCAACACUAUUAGUGAAAAGCUUCUCUCUCUUCUCUCUCUCUCUCUCUGAAAUCUGAUCAUAUAUAUCAUAUAUUUCUUUCUUUCAUUAAUCUCGUUCUUGAUUUCAACGUAGGAGAAUGGCUUGCCUUAACAUUUUCAAAGAUCAGAGAUAUGAUGAUAUUGAAGAAGUGAAGAAACAGAAGAAGGAAGAGCAAACACUUGAUGGAAGUGUUGAUAGGCAUGGCCGCCCUGCAAUCAGAGGCCGAAGUGGUUCUUGGAUCGCUGGUGUUCUCAUUCUUGUAAAUCAAGGAUUGGCAACGUUGGCAUUCUUUGGGGUAGGAGUGAACUUGGUGCUAUUCUUGACAAGGGUAUUGGGUCAAGACAACGCAGAGGCUGCAAAUAACGUCAGCAAGUGGACGGGAACGGUCUAUCUUUUCUCUCUAGUUGGUGCUUUUCUCAGUGACUCUUAUUGGGGAAGGUUCAAAACUUGUGCUAUCUUCCAAGCCAUCUUUGUCCUUGGUUUGGCCUCACUAUCACUAUCAUCGUACUUGUUCUUACUCAAGCCUAAAGGGUGCGGUAAUAAUGAAGAAACUUUAUGUGGACCCCAUUCAACAGUUGGAAUGGCUUUGUUCUACGUUUCCAUAUAUAUGAUAGCCUUAGGAAACGGAGGGUACCAACCCAACAUAGCCACCUUUGGAGCUGACCAAUUUGAUGAGGAAGACCCUAAAGAAGGCCACUCAAAGAUUGCUUUCUUCAGUUACUUUUACUUGGCUUUGAACCUUGGUUCCCUCUUUUCAAACACAAUCUUGGGUUAUUUUGAGGAUAAGGGACUAUGGGCAUUGGGAUUUUGGGCCUCUACUGGGUCUGCUACUUUAGCCUUGGUCUUGUUUCUUUGUGGUACCCCAAGAUAUAGGCAUUACACUCCCAAGGGCAACCCUCUUUCUAGGGUUUGCCAAGUUUUGAUUGCUGCGGCUAGAAAAUGGAAGGUUAAGAUGUUGCCAAGUGGAGAGAAUCUAUUUGAGGAAGUUACAAAUAAGGACUCCUCUCAAAAUGGUGCUCGAAACAUUUUACACACCGAUGGUUUCAAAUUUUUGGAUAGGGCAGCAAUCAUUACAGAGAAAGACCUCAACCGAAUUGAGAGCAAUGCUCCUCAAACCAAUCCAUGGCAUCUUUGCACUGUGACACAAGUAGAGGAAGUUAAAUGCAUACUGAGACUACUCCCCAUUUGGCUAUGCACAAUUCUCUAUUCCGUUGUCUUCACACAAAUGGCCUCACUCUUUGUUGAGCAAGGCGCGGCUAUGAAAACAACACUCUCCAACUUCCACAUCCCUCCGGCGAGCAUGUCAAGCUUUGACAUCCUCAGUGUCGCCGCCUUCAUUUUCCUGUACCGACGAGUCAUUGAUCCUCUUGCCUCUCGGUUCAUGAAAAACCCUAAAGGACUCACCGAACUCCAAAGAAUGGGAAUAGGACUUGUGAUAGCCAUAAUGGCAAUGGUUUCAGCUGGAAUUGUGGAGUGUUUUAGGUUGAAGUAUGCAGUAGGUGGUACUAGAGGAUCAUCAAGCCCUAGUUCACUAAGCAUAUUUUGGCAAGUUCCUCAAUAUAUUCUUGUAGGAGCUUCAGAAGUUUUUAUGUAUGUAGGGCAACUAGAGUUCUUUAAUAGUCAAGCUCCUGAUAGGUUGAAGAGCUUUGGAAGUGCACUUUGCAUGACAUCUAUUUCACUUGGAAACUAUGUGAGUAGCUUAUUGGUCACUAUUGUCAUGAAAAUCUCUACUAGAGAUAAAAUGCCUGGCUGGAUACCUGGAAAUCUCAACAAGGGUCAUUUGGAUAGGUUUUACUUUCUCUUGGCGGCUUUGACCGCUGCUGAUCUUGUGGUCUACAUUUUGUGUGCAAAAUGGUAUAAGUAUACGAAAUUUGAAGGAAGAAAUGGAGAAGAGAAUCCAAAUAGUACUACUAUGCUUGCCACUGAACUUAGAGUGGUCUGAUCUUGAUCGAAUAAUGGGGGUAAAUCUAUCCAUGAUAUUUGUAAGAUAAAUAAGUGAAGGAUGGAUGUUGUUGUUGGGAACUUGGAGGGACGUGAUGGAGUGUGUGUAAAGAGUACAUGUUAGCUAUGAAGCUCUAGAGACUUAAUGGGAUUUUAGUUCCAUCUCUCAAAGUGGAGCAUAUACAUUGCUACGGAGCAUACAUUGCUACCUCGUGUGCUAGAUUUAUAUGGAGAUGAGCCACAUUCAAUUUUACUAUGCAUUAUGAUUUAUGUUGAUGUAUGUAACUAUAGCUUCCAUUUUUGUUUCUUAUUUAUUUGAUCAAAGAUGUAAACCUCUCUCUUAAUUCUAUAAGUAAUUAAUAAAGACAAUUAUUAGUCAUCA